AUGCCUCGUCCCAAGGUCCGACUCGAAGACCGUCAACGAGCCGUCAAGGCGUGUCUGCCGUGCAAGGCUUCCAAGAAGCGGUGUGAUGCUCAACAGCCAUGUUCCAACUGCAUCAGGCGGAGGGCCACGUCGUUCUGCCAUUAUGUCGACUCCAGCUCUAUCAGACACACUCGGAAGCUUUCCCAGCCAGAACCUGCAGACUCCAGUACUUGCCAGGAUGAAUCUGUCUCUAUCCCUCCGGAGGAUCUGCAGUUCGUCCCCGGAAAACCAUCCGAGGGGACUUCUGGAGAUGUUGCCAUGCCUCUGAAAGAGGCACGCCCAUCACGGGGCCGGAUGCUCUUGAACUCGAAAGGAGAGAGAGUCUAUAUUGGGGAGUUCGCCUCUCUAACAUUCCUCCAAUUUCUUCGGCACACCAUCAAGCAGCAAAUGGGGCCUUCAUUGUUCACAGAAAACACUCGUCGCAAUCUGAUGCUGGAGGCUGUCAACGUCAAGGACGCUGUCACGCAGUUUGUAGAAGACGUCCACCAGAAGGCAGCCUUGAUAGAGGUCUACUUUGCCGCUACGAAUGGUAUCAUUGAUCUGUUCUCUAGAGAGGAGGUGGAGGCCAUGAAGCACGCUUCUAGCGAGACUGAACACAAGUACGCCAGAGCGGCCCUCGAUCUCAUGGUGUCUAUUGGUGCGCAAUGUCGAGCGUCAGAUGCGCUCGAUCACCGUUAUGCCUCGACGCUGUUUUCCCGGGCACAGAAGGCCGUGCUGGGAGACGGACUGGAAGACCCCUCGAUCGAUAUGGUCCGUUGUUUCCUCCUCAUGACAUUCUAUAUGUUGGGAGCCUGUCGAAGGAACGCCGCCUUCAUGUACCUUGGGAUCGCCAGCCAGGCAUCGUCCGCUCUGGGCCUCCAUGUGACUGAGCAAUAUCGCCAUUUCAGUGUUGGAGACCAGAACGUGCGACUUCGCGCACUGAGAAGCCUCCGAGUCCUGGACGUAAUGUAUUGCUCCAUCUUGGGGAGACCAUACUCAACAGUGGCAAUCAGGGCCGACAAGACAGCAAUCGCCAGGCUGCGCCUGCCUAGCGCCACAAAUCGCGACGCUGCCCUGCAAGCCAGUUUCGAAGUAUGUUCCAUUAUCGCCGAGAUCACACCCAUGCUAGAUUCCGAGGGCUCGAUAAGCCCGAUCACGGCUGAAGGAUUCCUGAAGCGUCUCCGUGACUGGAGCGCUACUCUGCCGGCCGACAUGCGGCAUUUCAGUCGGUCCGCAGAUGAACUAUUGACGGCUGAGGAGCGAGAGCGGACCAUCGGAAACAUUCACGUCUCAUGCACCUACUAUUUCGCCGUGAUGCUUGUGACGCGGCCUUUCUUGAUAACAUACCUGAUGGCUCAUAUGUCCGGCGGCGCCAGUCCUGUGACGACAGCAACAGAGGUCGCGGAACUGGCGCAGGCAUGCAUCGACACGGCGACAUUGAUGGCUAAUCUGUGCAAUGAAGCACUUCAGUCAGGCAUAUUCCUCAAGCAGAUGUGCAUCUUGAAGGCAUGGGUAUUUGCAGCCGGCCUAGUAUUAGGGUUUUCCAUCUUUGCGCAGGGUGACUCCCGCUUUGACAUGGACGACUCAUUCAGUAACGCACGCGAAGUCCUCCGCAGCCUGUCCGCCGAGAGCCCUCAAGCGGAGCACUACUAUGAAAUCCUGGCAGCGUUCGCGGACGUAAUUCAACAACGCCGCCAACACCUGUCCCGCGGAAGUCGCUCGUCCCGGAACAAAUACGUCGACCAGAUUUUGACCUUUGAUAUCACGCCGAGUGCUUCCAGGUCUCAGUCGACUCUAUCUCAUGGAACUCCCUCGUCGAAGGGCCAAGGACCCGGCAUGCCAGAGGCAUCUGCUACAGAUGAAGGAGCCGGCGACUUUGAGUUCCAGAUGCCCGAGCUCAGCCAGUGGCCACUCGAGAACAGAGGCGGAUUUGACUUUGGCAUGUUCGGAUGGGACAACUUUGCGAUGCAGAUCUCGGAGAACUUCUCAUUCGACAACGAUCCUGCUUGGGGAGUUACCUGA